UAACUGGAUUUUACGUUGAAAUUACUCUAAAAUAACGAAGUUGUAUUUAUUGUACCAUAGAUUAUAAACCGAUUACAAGAAAAAAAAUACCACGAUUAUUUUGACACUGACAGAUCACAGGCAAGCAAACUGCAAAGUUGCAGGCUGCACGACUAGCAUAGCGUCUAAAUAGGAUGUUUAAAAUUUGUUGUUCUGAGUUAAAUAAUUAAAUCACCAGAUUAAUAACAAUGUCUGCUGCAAACGCAGCGCCCAUCACCGCUACGGACAGCCUUACCCAAGCUUUGAAAGCUAAUAUCAUCCCUAACCAAGAGUACUUAUUACAGGGUUCAGUACUGGACUCUGCUGUGGAGGUUUUGUUGCAUAGGCUGCGUGGGCUGUGUGAUAAUGUGGACGCCGGCCCAGAGACAUUUGACGACCAAGAAGUAUGCUUCAGUCUUCGAGAUCCUAAUCAACAGACAGCCCCUCUAAUGCUACGCGUGCGCAAGGCGCUGGACGCGCGCGACAUGCCAUACCAGCUUCGCUACAUUGGCCAGCCGGACCUAGGCGACAAGAACCGGCCCACCGUGGUGCGUUCCAGCCUUGACAUUGCCUGCAAUGGCAUGCUGCUCGAGUUCCUUAGUGAGCUUGGUUGCCGGAUCGAGUUUGAAUAUAGUGUUAAAGGGUACAUGUUUCGGAAAGGAAGGAUGAAGAUAACAGUUGCAAAAGUAUUCAAGAUACCACAGAACUCUAUGCCUCCUGAGCCUAUUUCACAGAGCUAUCUAGUUGAGCUCUCGGUGCUAGCCCCUCAAGGGCAGGACGCGAUCGCCGAGGAUAUGCGCGCGUUCGCCGACCAGCUGCGACCUCUCGUGCAGCUCGACAAGAUCGACUACAAGCGGCUCGGGCACAUGACAUAGCCCAUGUUCCUGGCUUAGGCCGCGCCGACCGCCCCCGCCGCCGGUCGACGCCGCCUCAGCCAAGCCCGCUGGAGGCUACUCUUGAUGCGAUUGCGUCUGUUUCACUUCGUUCGUAUCCUUUCAUGUCUACAAGUAGUCUUACACCUUUCAUUUUUAAACCCUCGAACACCUUGUCCCGGUAUACUAUGCACGCAGACACCAGACAGUUUAUACAGUUGUGAGCUGUGUUCGCCUGUUGACUACGUGCACGACGGGCACUGCUCUCAUUUUGUGGGCUUUUCCAUGUUAGUUAGUAUGAUGUAUUAAUUCUAACGGCCGCCACUAGAAUAUUAAUGUUGGACAUGCCCAUAAGAUGACGUGCAUUUGUGACAAUUAGCUCCAUUCUGCCACGCACGUUGCCAAUAAUUGGCUAAGCAUUUGAUGUAUUACUUUUUGCGAUUGUGUAAAUAAUAACAAUUGAAGGUUAGUAGUU